CCAACGAAAGCGCAGCAAAAGUCGACGCGACAAGCGGAGCUUCUGUCAAGAAAGAGCAGUCGUCACGCUUCCCUGAGUACGACACAGAUACGGACUCGGGCGAUGAUGGGUCAGGACCAGGGAUCAACGCAGAUGAAGGUUUGAAUUCAAUUGACAGUUUACCCGUUUAGAUUUGCAUUUUUGAAAUUCAUAACUAUACCUGUACCAUCGGGGUAUCUUUAAAACAUAUGAGUAUGAGAUAUGUUUCAAUGAUAUAUCUCAUAUAAUCAUGUCCCCUUCCUCAUGCCCAAAAGCAAGACUAAAUAUUGAAAAUUGAGUAUGUGGGCGUGUUUUUUUUAAAGUUCUAGACGAGUUUAAUAAAAAAUAAAAAAAAUAAAAACUUUUGGAUGAAUCUAUUUUAAUGCUUUUAAUAUUUAAGUUUAGAAAAUUAUGUUGGGUAAUAUUUUAUUUCUUUUUCAUUUUUUUUUUCGUUUAAGAAGAUAAUAAUAUCUUAGCAAUAAAAACAACCUUUAUUAAAAAUUUGACAAAAAUAACAGUCCUACCGUAUCCUCUUCCCUAAUUAUCUGAUUAAUUUGAUUCUAUCAGAGAAAUUACUGUUGCGAAUAACAUUACAUAAUUAUUUAAAUUUUAUUUGGAUAUUGAUAAGUUAUGCUGGCGAUAACAUCCAAAGCCAUAUGAUGCCAUAUGAUGCCAUAUGAUGCCACAUGAUGCCACAUGAUGCCACACGAUGCCAUAUGAUGACAUAUGAUGCCAUAUGAUGCCAUAUGAUGCCAUAUGCAUUUGCUAAUGUUUUUAAUCGGUAAACAUAUCCUUUUUUUCAGUCGGCACCGUCCCAUCAGGAAAGCCUCUAGAUGUAAGUCUCCUCUCAGAGAAACUCAAAGACGAUCAAGGAUCUGAUGACAAGUCUAACGUCAGGGAGAUAGAUAAUGACGGUUCUGCCACAAGUGCCACUGGCAACAAGGUGAAGGCCAGUGAGCAGGUUGGAAGGGUCAAGGAUGGGUCGGCUACCAGCAAUACCGGCACGGUUGAAGGAAUCGAGGGCGGAACAGCUUCCAAUACCAGAAGCGAGGGUGGGAAGGUCAAGGACAGUGAACCGGUUAGCUCAGAAACCGGGGCCGCCAACACGGAGGACAAACACGGCCAGGGCCAACCGACGACAACCGGGGUGGAGCUCGUGCCUUACGACAAGCAGAAGGCGGGAGAAGCAGAGGCGGCAGCCGGGGGUAGAGAUCCAAGGGAACCGCCGAAGCUGGAGAAAUGUCUUUCUUGCCACAAGGAGAGCUACACGAUGCUGAAGUGUUCACGGUGCAAGAUCGGCAGAUAUUGCAACAAAUCAUGUCAGAAAGAGGAUUUCCCGAAGCAUAAAGAAUUGUGCAGUAAGAAGACAUAAGUAUCAUUGUUAAUAUUUAUCGAAUUAACACAAUUUUGCGGGAUUUCAUAUUUUUAAUGAAACAACCCCUAUAAAUAUUUUUUAGUAUAAAUCCUUAAAAAAUAAUAUAGAGAAAUGGGGUGAUUUGGAUGGGGGAGGGGGUGGGGGUUGGGGCUGAACAUUAGAAACAAUAUUUUUUCAUCGGCAACGAGGCUGUUUCUGAGUUUAUUCUCAUUAUGUUGACGGGAAGUGGGUGAAUUAGCCUUCCGAAGAUUCUGCCAGCAACCGAGUCAGCCAGCCACGAACAAAAACAGAAGUUAAUUAAAAGAUGUAAAAACAUUAAAAUUGAUGACUUAGUAAUGACCCAUUUAAACAAAUUAAGUGCGUAGCUGGGUCGAUUAUUUGACUUAGUUGAAGCCGAUAAUUUGCCGUAGUAGGGGUCGAUUAUUAGAUUAUUAGAAGUCGAUUAUUUGACAUGCGUGAAUCGAUUAUUUUGACGACAUAACCGGAUUCGAUUAUCUAACAUUGUAGGAGUCGCGUAUAUAAUAUAGUCGGAGUUUGUUUUUUUUUUGAAGACCUCGUGUACCUCACCAGGUCCGAGGGGGUGAUCACACUCUCGUCUUGGUAUCCGAUCAUAAAGAUUGAAAUGCAGUAUUGUAAAAGUUUUUAAAGAGUUCUUUCUCUUUUCAAAUAUGUUUUUGUCCUCAAACACUCUCCUCACCAAACGUGAUACAGACGUGCGCUUCUGUCGAGGCAUCUGUUCAGCCUUAUGAUAAUAACGGUAAAUGCCCCCGCGCGCCCCCCCCCCGCCCUUUUUUCUCCCCCAUGAUGGCGAUUGACGCAUGGACCAGUUGCAGGCGAUAUAAUUUAUUGACGGAAGUAAAUCGAAUGUGUCUAAACAAAUGAUUCCAGUCUACGUCAAUAGGUUUUGUGGUUUUUUCUUCAAAAUGCUUUAAAUACAGAACAAACGUAUUUCAGACUGAUCGACACAUAACUUCAUGAACAACAGAAAUACACAUCGUGCUGAUCGUAUGUGUGAACUAACCGUAGAAAGUGAAUAUUUUAUUUUUAAAUAUGUCAUUAAAAUUGUUGUCACUUUUGCUUUUUUUAUUUAUUUAUUUAUUUUAUUUUAUUUUAUUUUUUUUUUGGUACAUUUUUUUUGUUCUUUGCAAUUCUUCUUCAGAACGUACUGGGGUAUUUGUUAAAGCCCUUCACCAACUGCCCUUCGGCUAUUUAUUGGCUGAAACCAUGCGAACAGGGGGC